AAGCAAUUGGCUUUGGUAAAGGUGUUGCUUGGCUUAGUUAUACUCUCAAUAGUUUUGCUAUUCUUGUAAAUGUGUAUUCAACAAAUUAUGUUUGGAGUUCUUCAAAAAUCUAUAUCUAUGGCAGUACAUUAACGAAUACAUCGACUCCAGUUUCAAUUUUUCCAAAUAUUCAACAACCUCUCUAUAGUUAUAUGUCGUCUAUUUUUCUCAAUAUUAUUACGACUCCAGACAAUUUAAUUCUUCUCGAUGAUCAAGGUGGUCUCUUUGUUAUUCUGCCAGCUCCCACUGGAUAUUAUUCUUCAACAGUUGGUCCAAGUCAACAAAUUGUACCUGCAUUCUCUUCACAAUUACCAUGUAUUCCUGGUACAUACAAGAAUACUACAAGUAUUGGCCGAUGUAUACCUUGUCCAGCAGGAACAAAAAAUGAUGGAACUAAUCUUACAAUAGCAACUUGUAUCAAUUGUGCAGCAAAUACGUUCUGUCCAUUUGGUUCUACAAGUGAUUCUAUCUCAAAUGAUAUGUUAAGUAAUGUUAUCCAAGCAGUUGCUUAUCCAUCAUCACCAUCAAUUAGCGGAAUAGAUGAUAUCCUCUUUUUUACAUUGUUUUCAAUUGGAUCAUCUUCACGUUGUGUUGCUCUUUCGCCAAUAUUUUGGGCGUUAAUCGUUGGUGCUAUUGUAGUUCUCAUUGGUAGUACAAUGCUUGCAAUGAAACAUUGCAUUAAAAAUCCAAAAGUAGCAGAUAAAUAUAAUAUAUUAGAGACCAUAUUUAAACAAACAGAUUUUAUUGGCGCAGGUGAAAUGUGGGUUGGAGGUCUUGCUACAUUUUGUGUUUUAGUACUUAUUAUUUCUUGUUAUGUAUUCAGUGCUAAAUAUUAUAAUUCAUAUCCAAUUGAAACAGCUGGACCAUCGACAUACACAUGUGAUACAACUAUACGUAAUGCAUUAUUUUCUUCAGGUUUACAAUCGUUGUCGGUACCAAUCUCAAGUACCAUUCAGACAAUAGUUGACUUAUUAAACAAUCAAUCAGUUAAUCUCAAUGUCGCUUUUAUUAAUACAGUCUAUAAUUGUACAUCAGAUACAGUUACAUUGACUUAUCUUAAAGGUACAACAUGGAUACCGAUCACGACAGGUCUCACAUGUAAUUAUUCAAACUAUAUAGUUUCAUAUAGUGCUCUUUUACCAUUUCGAGAUAUUACUAUACGAUUUAAUUUACCUAAUAUAUAUACAAUUGGUGGAGUACGCAUUGGUCUUAGUGCACCUGGUCAAGUUCAAUCUUCUACAGUAACACUCCAAGCUUUAAACUUUUCUCAAACAUUUAGUCAAAGUGGACGUAUGCUAGGACAAGAUGCAAAUAUCGCUCUCUCUUUGACGAAAGUAAUUAAUGAUACAAGUCCACUUGUUACUGAUGAUGAUGAUAUAUUAAGUGGUCUUUGGAUUAGUUCAUUUAUAGUAAAUUACUAUGAAUCUUUUUUUGCAGACAGUGAUUAUUUGAAUGCACCAGCUGGAACAUCAACAAAUUUGACAAUAAUCAUUAGUGAAACAUCUUACUAUAUAUUAAAUGAACAAUCACCAAUCGCUCGAUUACCUAUAAUGAUUUAUCAUAGUUUUCUAUUUACAACAACAGCUGUUGGAUCGUUCACUUUCGUAUUUGUUAUAUUUAAAUUGGUAGUUUUACCAGUUAUACUUUUACUCAUCCGUAAAUGGAAAUUGAAAUUCGGUAAAAAUAAUCAAAUUAGUAGUAAUAAUAAUAGCAGCAAUCAAUCUAAGCUUACUAAUAAUGAUUUGAAAAUCUCAAGUUCUAACUUAAAUUUGCAGGAGUAUGAUCAACACAAACAUAAUGAUUCUAUUACUAAUGAUAGUAUUCUUAUUCAAGAGCAAUCGUUCGCUUCAAAUCAAGAUAUUAAUCGUGAUGAAUAUAACAGUCAACUAUAA